AUGUACAAUAGCGAGGGUCAGAAUGCGGAAUUCGCAGCGGCCGACAGAUUAUCCAAUCGAACACGCUCCGCCAGCGGAAGCAGCACCCACAAGCGCAGCCUUUCAGGCUCACUAUUCUCAAGGCUCUCCUUCUUGCGCAUGAGCCAAGCGACAGGAUCAGAAUCAGGUGCCCGCAUCAUGGACCACGAUGGUGAUAACGAAGACCUCCCGUCCAUGCCCCCGAUCAACAGCGAAGCGUCGGAACGCGGGAAGGCGAUGGCAGCGGUUAUCCAACAACAGCGAAGGACACGACGACGACGAGGAUCAUUAAGAAAGACUGCAUUGUUGGGUACAAGGCUUGAGUCACGCGAUAAAAGGGCUUUCAGCAAGAAUGUCGAGGCCGUUCGUGCGGAGGCCCCUCGGUUCCAGGCCGAUGAUGACGCGCUGAGACCGCACUCUCCGAAGGAUAAGGCCUCUUCACCGCCAAUGGAAAAUAAUGACUUCGCCUCGCCGAGAGGAGGAUUCAAUGAUGAUGCUGAGGAUCCCGCUCAGCCGAGUUGGUUCCGUCCCAGCUCUGCGCUGAAAAACUCCCGCCCGACUGUCGCGCGGAGACGCCAGGGUCUCGCGCAACAUACCUCCAAUACCAAGAACAAUAGCAACAAUAACCACCUAGGCGAAGAGACUGCCACCGACGAUGAAGAACUCGUUUCCUUUCCACGCAUCAACACCAACAACUCUUCAGCUGUAUCCGGUGCCCCCAAUCCCUCCACUAAAACCACAUCCCUUCACGCCCACCCCUCCAGUCCCGACUCCUACUACCCCCUCCAACCAGAUGCAGCAUACCGCCCUGUCCGUGCCAAAUCCUCCCCACUGGCAACACACCCUGUCGAGAUGAAAAGCAAUACAGAUAUUACAUGGGAUUACUCUGAGACUGAAUCGUGGGGCUGGAUCAUCCUCAUGGUGACUUGGCUCGUCUUUGUCGUGGGCAUGGGCAGCUGCUUUGAGGUUUGGAGCUGGGCGUGGGAUGUUGGAGAGACACCCUAUGCGCCUCCAGAGCUGGAGGAUGAUCCGACGCUUCCGAUUGUGGGGUAUUAUCCUGCUUUGAUUAUUCUUACGGCUGUUAUGUCGUGGGUUUGGGUGGUUGUUGCUUGGAUUGGGAUGAAGUAUUUCAAGCAUGCAAAUAUAUCGGGAGAUGAUAGUUGA